AAAUAAAGGAUAUAUCCGCGAUUUGGAUGAAUUGAAGGUCAUUCCGCAAAAAUUAUAGGGUGGAAAUCUACUGAAUGGAAUUACAAGUUGGAAACCAAGAAAAGGAAAAGUAGGUCGACUAGCAGGACAAUAAACCGAUAGGCUCUGCAUUGUUUCCAAGCCACGUGGUGGUGAUUACACCGUGAAAUGCCAGUGCGUCAGUUGUGGCCACAUAUCGAUCCCGUAAGUUUCCAUUCGGUGGCGACCUCCUCUGCGUGCGCACCCUUUUCAUUUUGGUUAUUUACCAAGCACCCUUAGGCCGAGUCAGGAGAACUUUGGAGAACGUGCAAAUGGUGGGAAGGAAAUCGAGAAAGUAUAGAUAACAAGAAAAUCAAAUCGGGUGGACCGAUGCUGAUAAGUGCGCGUAACUAUACUAAGAAGCUUACAGAUUUGAACGAAGAGUAACGACGCAAAAAUAGAGCAUUUUGAUUGACAUUUAAUAAGACGGAUAGAGAAAAAUAUAGAAAACGUAGUGAGGAAUACAUAAAUAGAAAUAUAGAAACGUUAGUGAAAUAAAAGUUCCGUUUUUGAAAAAAAGAAGAAAAAUAGAAGAAAGUAGUAUAAUAAGUGAAAGAAAACAGUUUGCCAGCUAAAGCAAACGAAGGGGAAGAAAAGUAACAUAACUCCAAUGUAUUACGGUCCCCCUCGCGAAGUUACAGAAAUAUGUCGUUACCACGAGAAUGGUGCCUGCAGGAUUCGGUCGAACGUGACGCUGUCGCACCGACGACAGCGUCGCAGGAGAUGGUCGGCACGACUGUCAUCGACGAAAAUAUGAAUCAACAAAAUCAAUUGGGGUCCCUUUUAUCUAUACAUUCAGCGCCCGUCUUCGAUUUGAGUACAGGUGUGCCAUCGCCUAAGAGACCAGCCUCUUUAGCCGUCCAGGCGACAGCAACCUCAACGCCAGUUGUGCCACCGCAUCUUCAAAGUCCAGAGACGAUAGAGGACGAAGAUAACGACAAUCUCUUGACUAUAUCAAGUCUCACGGCCAGGCCGUUGAUUGCCAAAUCUCGAGAACUUCGAUCAACUAAAAACUCUAAUACGAAAAAGAAAAAACCUAAAAAAAACGAAACGAAAAAAAAAUCAAGAAAUAUUACAUACGUUCCAUUAGAUGGUGGUUACGGUUGGAUUAUCGUAUUCGGAGCGUUUUUCGUUCAGUUUUGGGUGACUGGACUUAUGAAAUCUUAUGGAGUGUUAUAUGUUGAGGUGAUGGAAACGUUUAAGGAUUCCUCAGCGUCUGUCGCUUCUUGGAUACCAGCUAUUUUAUCUUGUCUUUGUCUCGCACUUGCUCCAGUGACGAGUAUGUUGUGUCAGAAAUACAGCUGUCGAGCUGUCGUUUUCGUCGGUGGAUUGUUUUGCGCUUUAGGAUUAACAAUAAGUUAUUUUGCCACGAGCUUGAUACAUCUCUUUUUUACAUUCGGUGUUUUGACAGGAAUUGGUGGUGGUCUCUCGACAACACCAGGUAUUAUCCUCGUUUCUCAAUAUUUCGACAAGCAUCGUGCUCUAGCAAAUGGUAUAUGUGUAUCUGGUACAGCAGCUGGUAGUUUCGUAUUUCCACUUCUAAUCAAGAUUCUAGUGGAUAAUUUUGGUUUUCACGGUACCAUUCUCCUACUUGGUGGUUGCAUGUUGCACGUGUGCGUGAGUGCAACUCUAUAUCGGCCUUUAGAGAACAACUACGCGCCGGAAGAUUUGAAGAUACCAGAGAAAGAGGAAAAGGUCGAAUAUACAAAGGAAUUAGAGUCAGCAAAACAACAAAAGUUAGAUUUAAUAUUCGCUAAUGACUCGACUGCAAAGCAUAAUCUGUUGAACGAAUUAUUUCAUCAGAAUAGUGUGGUGGCGGUCGAACUGACAGACAGCGACGAAGAGAAGGACGUGAUGGGUGAAGGCCUCCAGAUGAAACCAAUCUCGAAAAUACGUAGUUCAAGUAUAUUGCACAGUGUCGAAGAUUUGUCGACCGAUUCCACGUGUGUGUACAAGGCCAGGUCAUCGUUAAGAUCACUAAAGUCAUCGAUUACGGUGGUAUGUCCAGAGCGAACUUCAAUUCCUCAAAACGAAGCACAACUGCCGGAGGAAAAGAAAACAUUAAUGCAGAGGAUAACACAAUAUAUCGAUUUAUCUCUAUUGAAAAAUCCUCAAUUCAUCAUGAUGUGCUUUUCCGUUAGUCUGAUGUCGACUGGAAGUCCAUACAUGCUCUAUUAUCUUCCGGCAUAUGUGCAUGCUGCUGGUUAUACGAAGUCAGAAGCUGGGUAUCUGGUAGCUAUUUCCGCCGCGCUUGAUUUAUGUGGAAGAUUAGGACUUGGAUGGCUUUCAGAUUUAAAGCUUUUCGAUCGACGGAAAGGAUAUAUCGGAAGUGUUGUGGGUGCUGGUGUAGCAGUACUGGCAAUUCCAAUGGCCCAUUCUUUCUAUGUGCUGGCAUGUUCCGUAGGCAUGUACGGAUUAUGCUUGGGCUGUUGGUUUCUUUUGGUUCCCGUCCUUCUUGCAGACCAAUACGGAACUGAUAAAAUAUCUUCUACUUACGGUCUUGUUAGGAUGUUCCAGAGCGUCGGAGCAAUUUCUAUUCCGCCUUUAGCAGGAUACCUACGCGAUGUAACCGGAAGUUACUCCGUAUGUUUUCUAUGCAUGGGCACAUGCAUGGUUAUGGGAGGUCUACCUCUACUUCUGAUUUUUAACGAAGUAUCAAAUUCAUCGAAGAUGACUGUUAAUAAUGUCAAGAACAGUAAUUGUCAAGGAGAAGCGAUUGCAAAAAAAUAAAGAUAUUUUGCGAAUGUGAUUGAAUGUGUAAUAGAAAUCUAAUAAAUCACCACAUUUGUCGCUACAAUUAUUCCACUAUGAUGUAUUAAUUGGUUCAGUGUAUUCGAAACGUUUACAUAAAAUACCUCGUUUGCGGCAGAGAAUGAAGAAUUGCGGCAGAUCCUGCGAUGAAAGAAAUAAUCUUAGUAGGAAAUACAUAUUUUUCAUACAAACAGAUGUAAUUAAACACAGUGAUCUUUAAUAAAAAUUGUAUUCUUUUCAUUAA